UCUAUUACAUUAUCCUUAUUUAUUGAAAACAUUGCAUACAUGUAUGCUCGGAAGUCGGUUUCGGAAUUCUACUUUCACUUUCGCUUUUAAACAGAACAUAUAUAUCACCAAGACUGAAGAGUCGAAAUGGCCGAGAAAAAUAAUUUAUCACUGGAUAUUGGAAUAUGCGAUAAGGAGUUGUCAGAUUCUGAAAACAUCAUUGUUUUGGAAAAGAAAUCAUAUGAUAAAUCAGUUACAAGUAGCAACAUUUUACCAAGCGAUGCUAGAAUUUCUGAAAGUAAACACGUAGUCACCGUAUCAAAUAGAGAUGAUUAUAAUUUAGAUGUAAAAGAUACAGCACAAAAUAAGACAGAGGAAAAAGAAAAAGAAAUCAAUAUUGUUAUAAAAUCGUUAAAAGAAGACUCCAGUGUUGAAUAUAGUAUUGACUCUUCCGAGUUAUCACACAACAAUGUGACACAGAUCAAAGCUAUAGAAAAUGAAGUUGAAAGGAAAACUGUUGUAUCUGGGGAUAAUUGUGAUAAUUCUGGUAUUAUUCAAACAGAAAUAAAAGAAAAAAUGGUAAAAAGACAAGAUGGUAUAGAGACAGUCUUUGAAAAUAAACAAUGUACUGGAAGUAGUGAUUUCUCUUUAGAAAAUACAUUAAAUAAUAAUGACCAGAUAGAAACAAUAUCAAAUGAACAACAUGGAACUUCUGAAAGCAUGCAUAUCACAACAGCGCAUGCAAAUCAAACCAUGAAAUGCAUAACUUCCAUUGAAACGAACAACGGCGCACAAACUUGCGAAUAUAGUAUUGACUCUUCCGAGUUGUCACACAACAAUGUGACACCGAUCAAAGCUAUAGAAAAUGAAGUUGAAAGUGAAACUGUUGUAUCUGGGGAUAGUUGUGAUAAUUCUGGUAUUAUUCAAACAGAAAUAAAAGAAAAAAUGGUAAAAAGACAAGAUGGUAUAGAGACAUGCUUUGAAAAUAAACAAUGUACUGGAAGUAGUGAUUUCUCUUUAGAAAAUACAUUAAAUAAUAAUGACCAAAUAGAAACAAUAUCAAAUGAACAACAUGGAACUUCUGAAAGCAUGCAUAUCACAACAGCGCAUGCAAAUCAAACCAUGAAAUGCAUAACUUCCAUUGAAACCAACAACGGCGCACAAACUUGCGAAAUUAUGUGUUCGUCCACAAAAUUCCCUGACGAGAGUUCAAAACAAUUGCAAUAUGAUGGUUGCAAUCACCUAAUUGCGACCGAGGCUUCACAAAUAAAACCGGAAACAAAAUUUCCAAUAUCCAAGUUUAAACAAAAGUCGGACCAGUUGACACUCCGGAAGAAGAACAGAAAAAAGUGUGCAUCAGAAACGCGUGUUAAUCCACAGCGAAGACAUAUUGCACAUUCCACAGAUGGUUUAGUGUAUUGCAACCCACACAAUGAAGUUGUUAAGUACUGGUGCCAAAAGUGUGGAAUUGCAAAAUGCGAAAAGUGCGUUAACGUGGUAUAUAGCAGAACUUGCAUUAGUCAUGUCGUGACGACGAUUAAAGAACAUGUAAUCGGAACAAAGGAAGUCCAAAGGAAAAAGAUUGAAGACACAAGUAACAUUUGUUUAAUGGCCUUAGAUCGAGCUAUCAGAGUUUUGCAACGAAAUGAGCAGCAAACCGAGUUACAAGCAUUGAUCCAGAAAGAUAGAAUUCGACAAGAAUUUGCAUCAUUCUACAAAUUACUUAUUGAAGAGGAACGCACAGUUUUGGAUGAUAUAGAAAUGAGUCUUGAGGACUAUAGAACACAGAACAGAUCUUGUGAACAAUUAUAUGGUUCUGUUGUUGAAUAUGAAGCUGGCUUGAUGAGUAAAAGCUUAAGUCUUUUGGAAAAAGAAGAUCCAUUUGGAACUAAUUCAAAUAUGAUCGAGAAAUAUAUUCAGACCGAUUGGUUGAAGAUUCCAGACAAUGUGAAUACAGUUACUAAUUCAAUUCCACCUAUGCCUGCUGCGAUAAAAAAUAAAUUCACUCUCCUGGAGCAGAAAGUUGACACCAUGAAACAACUGAGUAACGCACGAGACCCAUUUGAAAUUUUUCCUCUGAACUUUACAUUGUACUUAGAUGACGAUUGUAUGGCGUCUCCAAUAAAAGUAUCAGACCUCUUCAUAUGCAAGAACACCACACAUAUAUUUCCUACAGCUGUACUUGAUAUUGAGGUUCUAUGUAGUCGUAUAGUUGUGUAUAAAGAAAUUUUGAAAAUGUAUGACUACAUAUUAAACUUUGACGGUAAACCCCGUUUGAUGGAAGGUAAUCGCUAUUUGAUAAAGGCACGACUGCUGGAUAAGACCAGGAAUGGAGCAAUCAUUGGAGAUAUGAUACCGCCUGCAUGUAGGAAUGUUCUUCUUAUAACGGGUAAAAGAAAACGUAAUUGGUACAAAUUUCAACGAUAUGAAGACGCUGUCAGUUAUAUGGAAGAUAUAAGAAGACAGUACAUUGGAAAAUAUCCAACUUUUUCAGAAAGAAACAGUCUACAGUUUUUACACUGGUGUAACUCAAAGAUGUGGAAUUUCUCCGCAGCAAAGGACUUUAAAGGUUUUUAUGAUGUAAGUCCCGAAGAAAUGAGAAUGUUGGCAUACAGUACAGAUAAGCAUACUUAUAGUACUUUUCAAUCCUUGCUACUAACAGAUGUACAGAAAAUUUGCUUUCAGGCAGAAAACAUAUCAUGGAAGUUUGAUACAGAAGAAAAGUCUCUACAUGAAAUAGAAGCCUUUACAAAUAUGAACAGAAAAAUCAAGAAAGCCAUUAAGAAAAUCAGGCGAUGAACAUUAUGUAUUAGUUUUAAUUCGAGAGUAAUAUAUUCUGAUUAUAUGCCAACGUAUUCAAGAUAAACUCAUUUAAUGGGAUCUUUAAUGUCUGAGCCAUUGACUUUUGUUUCUCUGUAUACUAAGUUUUUGUUGACAGUUUGUUAAAUCUAUCGCACGUUUUUUAUGUUCUACUGUUACACCACUGUCCAAGGUUAGUGGGAAGGUUGGCGCGACUACAAACUGAUAUUACCCCAACACAUUAUGUAUGUGUCUGUCCAAGUCAGGAGCCUGUUUUUCAGUGGUUGUCGUUUAUUGCUGUAUUUCAUAUUUGUUUAUCGUUCAGUAUUUUAUAAAAUCAGGCCGUUAGUUUUUUCGUUUGAAUCGUUUUUACAUUUGCCAUUUCAGGGUUGACUUUGCGGUAUGGUUUUUUUCAUUGUUGACCUAAAGUUGUUGAUUUCUGUGUCAUUUCGGUCUCUUGUUGAGCGUUGUCUCAGUUGUCUCAUUGUAAAUCAUACCACAUCUUCUCAUUUUUAAAACUUACACUGGUAGAAAAUGACUUUGUUUAAGUAUACCAAAAUCAAAUCCAGUAAACGUAAUCAAUUCGAAAUUAUCGUUUGCUCAUUUAGUUAAACAAAUAUUGCACGAACGUUCUAGAAUUGAUGCUUCUGAAAUGCAACGCAGAAGAUUCUUCUGGGUGUGUGUUGAUUAAUAAUGUAGUCAAAUAUGCAUGAUUUGUUUUAAUAGUUGUGAUUGACUUUGAACAAGCUGUUAGUAACUAUCAGACCUAUACAUAGUGGCGUUUUGUUUUACGUGGUGUUUACCUUCAGUCUGUGUUUUUGUUACUUGUAUUUCUAUCAAUAUGAUGAGUUAAUCCUUUUUCUACUAUUUGUAUAGUUUGUUCUUUUUUUGAACUGUUACAUUACUGUCCAAGGUUACUGGCAGGGUUGGGAUUCCGCUAACAUGAUAAAAUCCGCCCAUUCUAUAUUUAUGUGCCUGUCUAAUGCCAGGAGCCUGUGAAUCAGUGGUUGUCGUUUGUUGUUCUGAUACACGUUAUUAUACGUUCACUGUAAUAAACAUACAUUAGGCCGUUAGUUUUCACAUUUGAAUUGUUUUAUAUUUGUCAAUUCAAGAACUUUUAUAGCUGGCUAUUCGGUAUAAGCUUUGCUUAUUGCUGAAGACCGAACGGUGCCCUAUAGUUGUUAAUUUCUGUGUCCUCUGAUCUCUGGUGAAGAGUUGUCUCAUUGAAAAAGAGACUUCUUGGGGUUUUUUUUUAAAUAUUUGCCAGACAACACUUCUUGCAAAUAUAUUAUUUAUUGUGAUAAUUGAAACAGGGAAAUUUUGCAGAACAAUAUCACAUAAUUUUAUAAUUUUAGAUAUGAAUAUUGAUUCAAUGGUUGCCAUCUUGGUUGUGUAAUAAUGUAACGUCGUGUCUACGCAUAUUUAUAUUAAAAAUUUGAUCUAGACCACAUGUGUGUAGUUGAUCAAUGGAUAAUAUGAGGUCAGUUGGAAAUUUAUGAAACAGAAGUGUCAGGAUUAAAUUAAUAAGAGCAAAAUGUUGGGGCGUCAGUGGGCACAUACACACAUGUUCAGACAUGUUUAAGUAAGGAAAAUGUUUUUUUUUUUUUUUUUGGUGAGGGGUGGUUUUGUGGGGUUACUAUACUUUUCUUUUUUCUAUUCAUUUAUAUAUUUAUUUAUUUUCUUCUGCAAAAAUAUCGUCUUCUUUAUUUCAAAACGCUAUGGAAAUUAUGAUUACAAUAUAAUAUAGAAUUUCAAAAUAAAGAUCAUGAACAAGUACUUAC